CACUCUGUAGACUGCAGAAGAAGCUUCUGUUAUGACCCAGGUAGUGCUCAUAUAUAGGCAGCAGGAAGACGUUUAGGACUUCAGUUCGUAUUUCCGUGUCAGUGUCCUUGGCUGGAGAGACGAAGCGGGAGCCGGAGAUAAUGUUCAGGCAUAUUGCGAGACUUCAGCAGGUGUCCCGGCGGACGCUCACUAGCAGCGUUCGCAGGCAGGUGGAGAAUAAAGUACCACAGAAGCAAAAGCUGUUCCAGGAGAACAAUGGUGUACCAGUUCAUUUGAAGGGUGGAGCCGGUGACGCCAUCCUGUACCGGACCACAAUGGGCCUCACCAUCUUGGGAACUGGCUUUGUAUUUUAUGAGCUGAUCAAGGCAGCGCUCCCACACAAGAAGGAAUAACAACGCCUGGAUUUUUUUUGCCGAAAUGGCCCUGUACAUGUUGAAAUGAAUUUAAAGGCUGUAUAUUUAUUCAUGUUCAUAGUGGGACCAAUCUACAAAUAUGUAGCUCUGGACAAUAAAAUCUGCUUCCCAUGA